GUGAACAUACUCUUUUGUCUGUCUACCUCAAAACCCUUGGGAGCGGGCUGCUUCAAGACUGAGUUUCGGCCGGUCAUCUUCAUCAUCUGUUUUUAUUUGGCCGGAAAGGAGAAAGCUUGAGUAUUUCAGGGUUUAGGGUUGAGAGUAGAGAGACGGCGGAGGAAUUGCUUCUUGAAUAUUCCAUACGAUGGAGAAGCGCGAGCUGUCGAGUACUUUGAGGAACUUGAAGUUCAUGCAAAGAGCCGCUCUGAAAGAGGAGAAAACCAAGAAAGUAGUCGUAGUAGAUCAAGAAGAUGUACAACCUUCCGCUACCCUUUCUUCUUCCCCUGCUAUUUCCAGAAAGUGUAUUGUGAUUUUAGAAGGGGAUCCUCAUCCAGUUGGGUCUAUAAAAGGACGAAUGUCGUUUCAAAAUUUUAAUCCAACAAUAGAUAAAUUGAAUGAAGAACCAACAGAAGCAGCCGUCCCCAGUUCUGUUAAUCAAAGUGGAAGAACAACCUUAGACCACCACCAAGGAGACAACAACACUAAUAAUGAGGAUGAUGAUAUGGAGGAGAAGGUGAAACCUAAUGGCGAACUCAAAAGGAAACAAAUCGAAGUAGGAGGAGAAGUGUCUGAACUGGAACACCCUAAAAAAUCACCAAAGAUUGAUCAACAGAAAAAUCAUAGUAGCAGUUCUUCAAAAAAGCGCGACAAGCUAGACUGGAAGGUAUUAAGGCCUCCUUCCAAAAGAACCAAUUGAACUCCUCUUCUUCUUCAGACAAAUUUAUGUUGUAGCUUUUUUGCCAUAUUAGGUUUUCACAAUCUUUAAUUCUAUUUAAAAACAAUUUUUGUGUGUUUAUUAUUAUUAUUAAACUUUAUGAUGAAUGAUAGAUAAAUUUCCCAGAAAGAAAGUUAUUGUAGGUUAGGCUUCCAAGAAGAGAUGCAAUAGACAAUUCUUCCUUUCCAUCCUUGUAGCAUCCAUUCCCCAUCUCUAUCUACUGUGAAUUCCUUAUGAUAGUUCUUCUUAA